UCAGAUCUGUAGAAAAACUCACAAUAACUUUUUUUUUUCUUUUGUAAAAGAGAGAUAAAAUAUUAGCCUUAGAUUUGUGAUAACUUUUGUUAUCAGAGCCCAUACCUAUCUUUAGUUUUUUCUCUCUAUAUAUUUAGUUUUUGUAACAUUAGCUGAACCUUUCUCUCACUCUGUCUCUGUAUUGUGUUUCUUUUGGCUUGUGAAGAGAGUGAUAGAGAACAGCAAAGAAGGUCUGUUUAUCCAACUUCUGGGAUUCCUGCAGUGAGUUUUGCAGCGGGAAAGGGUUGAGAAGAAGGAAGGAGCAGCGAGAUUUAUGUCGUCUGGGUUUAUUGAAUCGGAAGUGGUUGUAGUUGGGGCUCUGUAUCAGCAGCUCUGGAUUUAUUCUCUGUUAUUGACUAUCUCGUCGGUGUUCUCCGCCUGCUGUAUGCUUCUCUGCCUCAGCGAGCAGAGGUUGACUCUCGUGAACCCAGCUGUUUCAAUGCGUUUGAGGCCAAGAAGGACUUGUUCUGGAGUAGUGUGUUUCGGAGGCUUUCACAUACAAAGAUUUUCAACACUUUUUUUGUUCUUAAGAGGGGAUCUCACCUGAGAUUGCGGAAUUUUGUUUCCUUUUUUCUUUUGUUUCCUUCUUUCUUUCUCUUCAA